GCGGGAUUUCCCGUGCCGGUUGCUAAGACAAUCUUGUUUCCCUCCUUGACAACGCCAGGGAGGCGGCGGAGGCGGCGGCGUUGGGGCCCCGGCGGCGGGAGCAGCAGCAUCCCCUGGCGGGGAGCAUUUUCUCCUGCCUCUGAGACAGCUGGGCCUGCCUCCUCAGCCUUCCUGGCUCGCCCUAAUUGCUACCAUUAGCACCUCCCCAGGAGCGCCCCUCUUUCCUCAGCUGCUUACGGUGGAAGGAUCAUGGGAGAGGAAGGGAAGAAAGAUGAUGCAGAUUAUAAGAGACUACAGACCUUUCCCCUGGUCAGACACUCUGACAUGCCAGAGGAGAUGAGAGUGGAGACCAUGGAGUUGUGUGUCACCGCCUGUGAGAAGUACUCCAACAACAACGAGAGUGCCGCCAAGAUGAUCAAAGAGACCAUGGACAAGAAGUUUGGCUCCUCCUGGCACGUGGUGAUAGGUGAAGGCUUCGGCUUUGAGAUCACCCACGAGGUGAAGAAUCUGCUCUACCUGUACUUCGGGGGCACCCUGGCCGUGUGCGUCUGGAAAUGCUCCUGACACAGGCCCCGCCCCCCCACGCCCCCACCCUGCCCCUUGGCUUUCCCCAGGGUGGGGCCGCCUCAGGCAGGCCCUGGCUUUGGCAGGGAAUCGUGGGGUCUCCUCUUUUUCUGUGUGUGUGUGUGUGUGUGUGUGUGUGUGUGUGUGUGUGUGUGUGUGUGUGUCUAUUAUGUGUGUGUGUUUGUCCACACUUGCCCAGGCACCUGUGUGCACCUGCUCAUGUGUGUGCGCGCGCGUGCGCGCGCGUGUGUGUGUCCAGGUGUCUGCCCUCGGGUUUCCUACUGUCUUACUCCAAGAGCUGGGAUGUGGGGGGCAACAGGCUCUGGGGCAGGGGGUGGGGAGGCUUUCCUCUUAGAGACACCCCCCAGACGGGAGCCUGAGCAAGUUGGGAAGGGAGGAGGGCCUGGCGCUACUUAGGCUCCUCAGAGCUCCCCUUCCCACAGCCUUUCAAGGGGCUUGGGGUCCCUCCGAGCGAGCUGCAGCCCCUGGGCCUCCCUGCCCACCGGGCCUCACAGGAAGGAACUCCCUUCCUUCCUCAUCUUCACUGGCCAGAUUCAAGUGGCCAUGAGACUGAACCUCUCCUUGGGGGGGAUAAGUGCUUACUGCCCUUUCUUGUCCCCCCCAGAAGUGGGGAAAUAGCAGGACCUCCCCACUUGACCUCCUAGUUUACUCACCCACGGCAUCUUAAACAGUGACAGCAGAAGCAGCCACCCCCACUGAGGGUGGAGACCGCACAGCCUCCCCACUCCCUUCUCCUGCCUCCCUCCAUGAGGCCAAUUCCGCCUUUUUACACCUCCACAGCCCCUGGCAGGGGGGGGCUGGAAGCCCUCCCAAGUCACGGAGCGGGGGCCAGCGGCCUGGUUCACCCUCCCCCACAAAACCUGCUCCACCGGGGCCCCCAGGCUGCUGGUCACUUAGUCAUCAGGGACCCUGUAUAUUUGUACUACUUAUUUCUCUGUCUUGGGUUUUCUAUGUGAUUUUUUGGAGUGUGGGUUGGAGAGGGAUUUAGUAGAAAGAACCAAACUGUAUUUUACACAACAGUUUUAUUUAUAUGAAUGUUUUUGGUUUUUACAAUUAAAGUCGCCAGAAACAGA